AUACUACGUAUGGCGGAGGCGGCUGCUGACACAGAUUGAAUUUAUUUAUAUUUUGGAAUAUAUAUCGUUAAGAUAUUCUCAACUCGAAUACCAAGCACCAUUAUUGCUAUAUUUUUCUCACAUAACAUAGAAACAUACCUAAAAAUGAAGCCUGCAUACAAAAUCGCUGAUGAGAAGCUGGCCGAGUUAGGGCGAAAGGAAAUAAUGCUGGCUGAAAAAGAAAUGCCUGGACUUAUGGCCUGUAGAAGAAAGUAUGCUCAUCAUAAAAUAUUGAAAGGUGCAAAAAUUGCUGGAAGCCUCCACAUGACUGUUCAAACUGCUGUUCUAAUUGAGACCCUCAUAGAACUGGGAGCAGAAGUACAAUGGUCAAGCAGCAAUAUAUACAGCACUCAAGAUGAGGCUGCAGCAGCAUUGGUUGCAGUGGGUAUCCCAAUUUAUGCCUGGAAAGGAGAAACAGAAGAAGAAUACACCUGGUGCAUUGAACAGACACUCAUUUUCCCUGAUGGAAAGCCAUUGAAUAUGAUUUUGGAUGAUGGUGGUGACCUUACCAACUUAGUUCACACUAAAUAUCCACAAUUGCUAGAGGGUGUGAAGGGUAUUUCCGAAGAAACUACAACAGGUGUUCACAAUUUAUACAAAAUGUUCAGGGAGGGUGUCCUCAAAGUACCAGCUAUUAAUGUAAACGACUCAGUUACCAAGAGUAAGUUUGACAACUUAUAUGGGUGCAGAGAAUCACUUCUUGACGGCAUUAAGAGAGCGACCGACAUUAUGAUUGCUGGAAAAGUUUGCGUCGUCGGUGGUUACGGCGAUGUGGGUAAAGGUUGCGCCCAGGCUUUUAAAGGAUUCGGAGGACGUGUCAUUGUGACAGAAAUAGACCCCAUUAAUGCAUUACAAGCAGCCAUGGAAGGUUUUCAGGUCACUACUAUGGAAGAAGCAGCUGAGAUUGGACAAAUAUUUGUUACCACAACUGGAAAUAUUGACAUCAUCACAAAAGAUCACCUGUUGCGAAUGAAGGAUGAUGCGAUUGUUUGCAACAUUGGACAUUUUGACUGUGAAAUAGAUGUUGCCUGGUUAGAGAAGAAUGCCAAGAAAGUAAACAUAAAACAACACGUUGAUCGUUAUGAACUCGAAAACGGCAAUCAUAUUAUUGUUCUCGCUGCUGGGAGAUUGGUCAAUUUGGGAUGUGCCACCGGACAUUCUUCCUUUGUCAUGUCCAAUUCCUUCACCAAUCAAGUCUUAGCACAGAUUGAAUUAUGGACAAAGCAUAACUUAUAUCCUAUUGGAGUACACACAUUGCCAAAAAAACUGGAUGAAGAGGUAGCCGCUCUCCACUUGGAACACCUUGGUGUGAAACUUACUAAGUUGACACCAAAACAAGCAAAAUACAUUGGAGUGCCAGUUGAAGGGCCUUACAAGCCUGACCAUUACAGAUAUUAAUUUUGCUUAUUCACAAUGACUCUGUGUAAUAUCUUUGGGGAUAUCUGAAUGGCCUGGUUGAGGUGUUUUUAUACAUGUGUAAAAUUUACAUUUAUAGGAUCACUUGUAAUAAAAAUAUCACACGCAUUA